CGUCCAACGUGUGAUGGCAAGCCCGCCUGUACAGUGUGCUGGAAUGUUUAAAGACGUCCCUUCUCGCUACUGCAGCCUUCCACCGUUCCAGCAAGUUGCAAUCAGAUUGGCACCAUGCUUUCAGAGUGAUGUAAGCAUCUGCUAGCACGUAUGCCCUGGAACGUUGCACCCUUGAGCUCAAACGCAGACCAGUUAACGAUACAGACUCCUCGACAUAAGCAUGUUUGGAGGCUUGUAUGGAGACCUGCCCCCUCCUUCUGCUGCGAAGGAGGGGGAGCAGUCAAAAGGCAGUGGGGACGAUGAGAAGAAACCUGGAUCCGGGUGGUCUGCAAACAAGAUGUUCCUGGCCCCCCGAAAGACGGCAGCAGUCUUUGGACCACCACCCUCAGUCCUCCGGGCACAGAGCACCCCCUCUGCGCCCCGCCCCUCCGUACGGCCCUCCGUGCGCCCCCCUCUUUCCUCAGCACAGCCCGACACAGGCCCCAGAUGGGGCCCAGAGGCAAACGGCGCGGCGCCGCCAACAGAAUACAUUCAGGCGCCAAUGAAUGGGGCUCAUCCUGGAUUGGCGCAGCCGGCACUGGUGGGGGCGAGUGCGGCGCUGGUCGACGAGUACGACCCGGCGCGGCCGAACGACUAUGAGGACUAUGUGGCGAUCAAGAAACGAAGGCUUGCCGAGGAGGAGCGCCGGAGAGAGGCCGAGCGGCGGCGGCGCGAGGAGGAAGAACGGGAGAAGCUGCGGGAACUAGAGUUGGCGAGAAUGCGGGAGCGGGAGCUCACGCGGCGAAGCUUGGGGGAAGCAGAGGGGGGCGAGGACGAACCGGGGGGCGCUCGGGGACUGUCCGGGGAAGAGGCGUUUCAGAGGAGGGGGAUGCUGGGUGGGGGCGGCGCCCCCCGGCAACGAUCACCGUCGCCUCCUAGAACAGGCCUGGGGAACUUUACUGGCGCGCCCAAUACCGCGCCGACAGGUGGCGGCCUGAGCAAGAUCAAGGCGAUGAUGGAAAAGAUGGGCUGGAAAGAGGGACAAGGACUGGGCAAAUCGGAGCAAGGGAUCGUAGCGCCACUGCAGCACAAGAAGACGGACAAGCGGAGCGGGGUGAUCGUAACGGCGCCGGAAGCGAAGAAAGUGAAGACGGCCACGUUUUCGGGGCCGCCGACGCGCGUGCUCAUGCUGCGGAACAUGGUCGGCCCAGGCGAAGUUGAUGAUGAGCUAGAGGAGGAGAUUGCAGGGGAGUGCGCCAAAUACGGCCAAGUCUUGAAGGUUCUCAUAUUUGAGGUGACAGAUCCGUCCUGGCCUGCCAAUGAAGCGGUACGUAUUUUCGUUCAAUUUGAAAAGGCAGAUUUCGCAAUGAAGGCCUUGAUAGACCUAGACGGCAGAUUUUUCGGUGGCCGAGUGGUAAAAGUAACUUUCUUUAGUGAGGAAAAGUUUGCGGCGCACCAGCUUGCCCCUGUGCCCGGCGAGUUUGACGGAACGUGAUGCUCGCAUAAUGCCUCUUUGUUGAAGGUGUGACCCUGAGGUCAAGUCGGAUUAGGUUCUGCUCGUUUGUAAGGUGGAAAGUUAUUGCAGAUAGCUUGUGUGGUCCUGCAUCCCUUCAUAUGCACAGGCUCACACUCUGAUCAACCAUUGAAUAGUGCUCAUCUGCAAAGAAGAUUUUCUAGUUGAAGCCAUGGCUAUCAUUGGACGAAAUGAUAGCCAUCGCUUGUCAUUUCGUCCAACCGACUAGUUGCGAGCAAAGAACCACUUGGAUGCACGCUUUGAUUGGUACCCCAUGUGACAACAUCGGGUCCCACAUGCAUGCAGACUAUAACUUGAUC